UGAAUUUGUCACAUGGUACAAGAGGACAGUUCUUGCUUCUUACUACCAAAAGUAAAGACAAAUUCCUUAUUCGAAAGCAUACCUACGCAAUAGGGGAUAAGACCAACUUCAAAAAUCUACUGUGUUCCAAAUAGAUGUUAAUCACUGUGUGUUAAUUUUUUGUUUUCCUCUAUAGAAACACACGUGCUUCUGGUAUUGUGCACCUCUCAAUUCUCAGCUUCUGGUAUUCUGAUAUCUGGUUUCUCUCAAGGCUUUGAUUCCUCAUCUGGGUUCUCUUUCUUGUUUCUAGAUUUUGUGUUGAAACAAUGAACAAAAUGCAAGAUACUGCGCAUUCGGUCUUCGGAAUCUUUGGAAAUGUUACUGCUUUGUUUCUCUUCUUGUCUCCAGUGAUAACGUUCUGGAGGAUUAUAAAGACCAAGUCCACAGAACAGUUUUCCGGCAUUCCAUACGUGAUGACCUUGCUCAACUGCCUUCUUUCUGCUUGGUAUGGCCUACCCUUUGUGUCAAAAAACAAUCUUUUAGUUUCAACCAUCAAUGGCACUGGUGCAGGAAUAGAGGUCAUAUAUGUGUUGAUCUUCAUCGUCUAUGCCCCAAAGAAAGAAAAAACCAAGAUUUUGGGGCUCUUCGCGUUUGUGCUCACCUUUUUCGCAGCCGUGGCCUUGAUCUCCCUCCUAGCCUUGCAUGGCAAUACCAGAAAGCUCUUCUGUGGCUUUGCUACUGCCGUUUUCUCCAUAAUCAUGUAUGGCUCACCUCUAUCAGUCAUGAGGACUGUGAUUAGAACAAAGAGUGUUGAAUUCAUGCCAUUUUUCCUAUCUCUGUUUUGUUUUUUGUGCGGCACUUCCUGGUUUAUCUUUGGUCUGCUCGGCAUGGACCCUUUUGUAUAUGUGAACAAUGGGUUCGGUUCUUUUCUUGGGGCCCUGCAGCUGAUUCUGUACUUUAUCUACCGUAAAAACAAGGGCAAGGGCAAAAACGAGAACAAAAGCACCUGUGUAGUAUCUGUGGAGCUGGGACUUCCUGAUGAACCCAACGAAGAUAAGGAGCUAUCCAACGCAAACGGUGCUCAGAAUGGCCACGUAUAGACUUGCACGUAGCUUCUUCCCUUUUGGAGGCUUGGGACUGUACCCACAAUCAUUUUCUUCCUUCGUGCUCUGCCUUCAGUAUCAAAUAUUCAGUUCGAUUAUGUGCUGAAUAUUUACUUUGUUCCUAAUAAUCUAGUAAUGAGACAAACAAACAAAUUGUAGAAUGUUGACUGAAUCUGGGGAUAUGUCUUUUGAAUUGGUUUAGAUUUCCUUUUUCUUUUUCUUUUUUUCUUUUUUUUUUUCUUUUCAUUCUAUAGUGGAUUAAGAUUUUACAUAUGAUAAUAUGUUUGUUCUGCAAGAGGGUAUUAUCUUAUCGUGUUCAUCACAUGAUGAGAUGUACUGUUUUCGUGAAGCUACCCUGUGCUAAUGCCAUGACUAGUUCAUUGCGUACA